AGAAUCCAGAAUCCAGAGCAGGACCUGCAGAAUCAGACCAGAACCAUCAGCUCAGACAUGGGAGGAUUAAACGAGUCAGAGCUACAGGUUUAGUCACGAUCGUCUUUACAAACCAAACAGCUGCUGAAACAAACACAAACAUCCAGACGACCUGAGACCUACAAAGGACCUGUCAGUCAGAGAGCCAGCUGUUCAGGAUGUGGACCGGGAUACCGCAGCCCGCUGGACGCCAUGAAGGGUCCUCGGGAGGAGAUCGUCUACCUUCCCUGCAUCUAUCGCAACACUGACAUCCUGAAACCUGACUACCUGGCUACUGUCGACGUCGACCCUAAAUCCCCCACCUACUGCCAGGUGAUCCACCGGCUGCCGAUGCCGAACCUCCGUGACGAGCUGCAUCACUCCGGUUGGAACGCCUGCAGCAGCUGCUUCGGAGAUGCCUCCAAGAAGAGGAACCGUCUGAUUCUGCCGUCGCUCAUCUCGUCCAGAGUCUACGUGAUCGAUGUCGGGACCAAUCCCAGAGCGCCGCAGAUGCACAAGAUGGUGGAACCUGUGGAUCUGUACUGGAAGUGUAACCUGGCAAACCCUCACACCUCCCACUGUCUGGCCAAUGGUCAGAUCAUGAUCAGCUGUCUGGGAGACCCGGCCGGAAAUGGCAAGGGUGGUUUCAUUCUGCUGGACGGUGAGACAUUCGAGGUGGUCGGUAACUUUGAGCAUCCGGGCGAAUCAGCGCCCUUUGGAUACGACUUCUGGUACCAACCUCGACACAAUGUGAUGAUCAGCACUGAAUGGGGGGCACCUAAAGCUCUGGCUGAUGGUUUUAAUCCAGCCCAUGUCAAGGAAGGUCACUACGGCAGCUCCCUCCAUGUCUGGGACUGGACCACCCACAGGAAGCUGCAGACCAUCGAUCUGGGUGAAGAGGGCGCCGUUCCUCUGGAGGUCCGUUUCCUCCAUGACCCCAGCGCCACAGAGGGCUACGUGGGAUGUGCUCUGCAAUCCACUGUCUUCAGAUUCUACAAAACACCAAAAGGUGACUGGGCGGCAGAGAAGGUGAUCGGUAUUCCCAGUAAAAAGGUGGAGGGAUGGGUAUUACCUGAGAUGCCAGGUCUGAUCACAGACAUCCUCAUCUCAUUGGACGACCGUUUCCUCUACUUCAGUAAUUGGCUGCACGGUGACAUCAGACAGUAUGACAUCACAGACAGGAGGAACCCACGAUUGGUCGGCCAGGUGUUUCUGGGAGGAAGUAUCGUCAGUGACGGACCUGUCAAAGUCCUGGAGGAUCCUGAGAACCAGCCACAGCCCCCCCCACGCAUCAUCCAGGGGAGGCGUAUCUAUGGAGCUCCUCAGAUGUUACAGCUGAGUUUGGACGGUCGGAGACUUUAUGUGACGACUUCUCUGUACAGUGCCUGGGACAAACAGUUCUACCCCGACAUGGUCAAGGCAGGCUCGGUGAUGAUGCAGAUGGAUGUGAACACUGUGGACGGAGGUCUCUCCCUGAAUGAAAACUUCCUGGUGGAUUUCGGUAAAGAACCUGACGGUCCGGUUCUGGCCCACGAGCUGAGGUACCCAGGAGGAGACUGUACGUCUGAUAUCUGGAUUUAACAGAGUGAAGGUCGUCUCUUUAGACAGGAAUCAUCAGGAGUUCGUCUGUAACUGUCCCAUCACAUAAAACACAUGAGAAAUAUAUUUUUACACAGAAAUAUAAAAUAAAUAUGAAUCAUUUUCCACUGAUGACAGGUUUUUACUACUGAACAGUUCAGACAGUAACAGGUUUAAUGUUUUCUCCUUCUAUGUGAAAUAUAUCUGGCUCAACAUUAAAACUACCAUCAAUAAUAAUUAACUGAUAAAAUAAUAACCCAAAACAUAAUAAAAAGAGCAGCAACAAAAACAGUUUUAUAGUUUAACAACAACAACAGCCAUUAAUGUUGUUAGUUAAUUAUUAUUGUUGUUGUUGUUGUUGAACAUUGUUAAUGUGUCUAUUUGGUCUCUGAGUAACUGUGACAAUUUCUGAAUUAUAAUUGAUCAACAGAUUAAAUUAGAAUGAAAAUAAUCUUUAUCUGUAGUUUGAUAUGUAACAGUUAAAAUCAGCUGUUUACACAUAAAUAAUAAUAAUUUUACUUGUAGUGGAGUAUUCUUAGUACUUUUACUGAAGUAAAGGACCUGAUUUCCUCUCUCACAGCUGUCGAUCAGAUACUGUGAUCAGUGAUCAAUACUUUGAAUGAUCCUGAAUAUAACAUGAAAGUGAUCAGAAAACUGAUGAAUGUUUCUCUCUCAGGUCAGAAAUAACUCUCCUCCGUUAAAUCCUCUGAUGUUUGUGAAUGUUCAUGUAACAGAAUAAUGUGACUCUUUGUUUCCUGUACCUUUGAAAUAAAACUCACCUGUUUGACUUUAA